AUGGCAAAGGGAGCUAGGAAUGUGGGGAAAGCUAAGGCAAAGGGCAAAGUCAAGAAAUCUGGACCUUCAUCUUCUGAUGGGAUUAUCAAAACUCGAUUGAUGGAUGCAAUUCGGGGGUUCAAGAGUUGGAAGUUAUCGAGGAUACGGGAGAGGUUUCUAAACAAUUGGGAUGUGGAUUUAGGUAAGAAUCCUUCUUCUCUGAUAUUACGAUCUCUCAAUUCUGAGAAGAUGCUGACUAGUUCGUGUGGAGAUCAAUCAACUGGACUUGAGACUCCUCUGACUCAGGAGAAGAAAUUUGAAAUUAAAAUUGAAUCAGAGGAGAUUAACAACUGGCAAUCUUCAAUUGUUUGUUAUUUAGUUGGAUCUAAUCCUCCAGUCAGUGUUCUGGAUGGUUUUGUGAGGCGUUUAUGGAAAGAUAAUGUGGAUAAGGUAGGAUUACUUUCUCAUGGAUUCUUGGUGGUGGUUAUCUGUUCUUUGGGAAAAAAACCUCUGGUUAUGAAACCAUGGAACUCAGUGGAUGAUUUCUCUAAAGAGGAUAUUACAUCAGUUCCUACUUGGAUACAAUUGGGUUGUUUGGAUAUCAAGUAUUGGGGUGAACACUCACUCUUUAAGAUUGUGGGGCAGAUAGGGAAACCAAUUCAAGGUUAUAAUAUUACCAAACUGAGGGAUAGGCUUUGUUAUCCUAGAAUCCUUAUUGAGGUUAGUUUGGAUCAGAAUUUUCCAACUAGAAUUAGGUUCAUGAAUGAAUUUGAUCAGGAAAUUGAGCUUCAAGUAGAGUAUGAAUGGGUUCCUAUUGUAUGUCAACAUUGUUUUGGUUUUGGACAUGAAACUCAACUAUGCAGGAAGAAACAACAAGUCAAGCAAGAAUUGGUGCCUAAGAAGAGUGUGGCAGAGCAAGUGUCGGUGCUGUCAACAGUUGACGAGGUUGGUUUUCAGAAAGUGAUUAAGGGGACUAAAAGGCAAGAGUCUAUGGCAAUCCCAACUUCAGUGACAAACCAGUACUCUAUGUUGGUAGAGGAAAAUGUUACAGAGGAGAUACAAAGGCUAAACACUGGAGGGGGGGGGGGGGGAGAUCCCUUUAUCUGCAAUGGAUAA